GGUGAAAAUUCGAACGUCACGACCUUUCAUCACUGAAUAGGCGAACGGGAAAGUCACAUGAUCGUGAUAAACCAUCAUGUGAUCGACGAUGCGUGCCGACAAAAGUUCGACGGACAAACAAAGCGCAGUCACUCGCAUGAGCAGUCCAGAACCAUCGACGCGCGGCUGACCGGACGAGGAAGGACCGUCAUAGUCAACUGAUCUUCCGUAUUCUAAUUGAUUCACUAUUUCCCUCAUGGUCUGGCAAAUGAGACUCGUGUCCAGCAUGCGGGCAAGUCCGCUGCUGCGACGGCCAGUUCUUCAAGGCCUCACCCGGCCGAUAGCCUCGUCCGCGUCGAACAUCAUGGCUCAAACAACCGUGCAAUAUACCGCCCGUCAAACCCUCUCGACGACCGUUCCUCGUACUCGCAACCUCGAACUAGACAACAUCAACCCUCAUGUGAGAGCAGCCAAGUAUGCCGUCCGUGGUGAGCUGGCUGUCAAGGCCGAGGAGCUGCGCGUGAAACUCGCACAGGGAGAUAAGUCGCUGCCGUUCGACAGCGUUAUCUUCGCGAACAUUGGCAACCCGCAGCAGCUGGAUCAGAAACCCAUCACCUUCUUUCGUCAAGUGCUCAGUUUGGUCGAGAACCCGUCGUUGCUGGAGAACCCAGAGGCGCUUAAGAAGUCGUUUGGCUACGAGCAGGAUGUCAUCGAUCGCGCUCAUACUCUUUUGAAGGAUGUGCAGAGCGUGGGCGCAUACAGUCACAGUCAGGGUGCUCCAUUUAUCCGGGAAAGCGUGGCUAAGUUCAUCGAAGAGCGUGAUGGAUUCCCCGCAAACCCUCAGGAUAUCUACUGCAGCGCUGGUGCCUCGUCUGGUGUCAACACGCUUCUCAACGUGAUCUGCAAUGGCCCUGAUGCUGGUGUACUCGUUCCUAUCCCGCAAUACCCUCUUUAUACUGCCACACUGUCUCUGUUGAAUGCGCACUGCGUCCCUUACCUCUUGGAAGAGGAGCAGGCUUGGGGUACCAAUGUCAAGGCUAUUCGCGAGUCUGUGAUUCAGGCCAAGUCCGCUGGAAUCAAUGUUCGUGCCAUUGUCAUCAUCAACCCAGGAAACCCCACCGGUGCUUCAUUGAGCGCGGAGGAUGUCAAGAACGUUCUCGAGUUUGCCGCAGAGGAGAAUCUGGUGGUGAUUGCGGACGAAGUCUACCAGACUAACGUUUUCGCUGGAGAAUUCACCUCGUUCAAGAAGCGCCUCCGUCAGCUCCAGCAGGAGGAGCCUAAGAAAUACGAUGACGUGGAACUGGCUUCCCUUCACAGUGUCUCCAAGGGUAUGGUUGGCGAGUGUGGUCAGCGGGGUGGUUACUUUGAGUUGGUCGGAUUCGACCCCUUGGUCGCUGCACAGAUCUACAAGUUCGUCAGUAUCAUGCUGUGCCCACCGGUUGUCGGACAGUGUCUGCUCGAGCUGAUGGUGAACCCACCUAAGAAGGGUGAGCCCAGCUACGAACUGUACCAUAAGGAGUACAAUGGCAUCCGGGAUGGCCUGCACAAGCGUGCUCUUGCUCUGUACGACGCUUUCCGACAGAUGGAGGGCGUUGAAUGCCAGGAGCCUCAGGGCGCCAUGUACCUCUUCCCCACGAUCACGCUUCCUGCCAAGGCCAUCGAGGCUGCCGUUGAAGAGGGCCGCGCUGCCGAUGAGUUCUACUGCAUGCGCCUGCUCGAAGCCACCGGAGUCUGCGUUGUCCCUGGUUCUGGAUUCGGCCAGAAGGAGAACACGCUGCACUUCCGGACCACAUUCCUUGCACCUGGUACUGACUGGGUUGAGCGGAUUGUGGAGUUCCACAACCAGUUCAUGGCCAAGUACAAGUAGAUGAGGAGGGAAAAAGAUAGAUGACGGGCGGUGCCUGUCUUGAUUUAUUCAUGUGCAUAGUUAUUAUUCAUGUUGGAUGAGCCUAUGAAGCUGCAUAGCAAUGAUAUGAUUGAUGAUGCCUACAUUAUAUACUGACUACCGUUACCUUGUCGGGUCUGAAUGGGUUUGAAGAGCGGUUUUAGCAACGAGCAACGCUUUCCAUAUCCACCGUCUUUGAUAGAGAUGGGCAUCGUCGAGCUAACUGGUCUGUUGAUGAGUACAAUCUGUAGUCUAA